CAGGCAGCAGUUAUGCUAACUCUGGCAAGCAAACUAAAACGGGAUGAUGGUGUCAAGGGCCCCCGUGCAUCCAGCUCAGCUUCUGAUUCAACCCGGAGAGUGUCGGUUAGAGAUAAAUUGCUCAUUAAAGAAGUUGCAGAACUUGAAGUAAAUUUACCUUGUACGUGUAAAGUGAGCUUUACUGACCCAAAUAAACUCCAUCACUUUCAUCUAACUGUAAGCCCAGAUGAAGGUUAUUAUCAAGGUGGAAAAUUUCAGUUUGAAAUUGAGGUUCCAGAUGCCUAUAAUAUGGUGCCUCCCAGAGUAAAAUGCUUGACUAGAAUCUGGCAUCCCAACAUCACUGAGACGGGGGAAAUCUGCUUAAGUUUAUUGAGAGAACACUCGAUUGAUGGUACUGGCUGGGCUCCAACUAGAACUUUACAGGAUGUUGUUUGGGGACUAAACUCCUUAUUUACUGAUCUCUUGAAUUUUGAUGAUCCUUUGAAUAUUGAAGCUGCAGAACAUCAUUUGCGUGACAAGGAGGACUUCCGAAAUAAAGUUGAAGAUUACAUUAACCACUAUGCUAGAUGAUGAAGGGAGACAGCAGCACUAUGGAAUGCAUAUCGUACUGUUGACUGUAACGUGAUUAAAAACAACACAAAGCCUGGAAUGUCCUUGUCUUUUGCCCAUGUUGUUCCAAGAAGAAAACAAGCUUCAUAAUAAUCCAUGUGAAAUGGAGGUGCUCCGUGUCAGUACAGCGAGGAAAUCGUAUCUGUUGGUUGAAGAAACUUUUUUUGCUUUACUCUUUAAUGUCUUUUCAGAAAAUGUACUGUCUAUCCAGAACUGCAAUAUGCUUCGGAAGUUAAAAGAAAUCACUAUUAAGGUUGUAUUCAUACUACUUAAAAACUUUCCUCAUGACUCGUAGGAAGGAAUGGUAUGCUUACUGGAACUUGUAAAAGUUGGCAAAUAAAAGUAGGCUUCGUUAAACACGGAGAGACAAACAGUUGCCUUCAUGGAACCGAAAUAGUAGUUGGGACGCGGCUGGCCCGGGAGGAGGGCAGUCUCAUAAACUGAAUUAUACCUAUUGUGGGAAUUUUUAUACUUAAUUUAACUUUUACAGUUGCUGCUCUCAAUUCAUCUUCAGGCUACAGAGUGUUUUUAUUCUGCAUUCAUUGUGCAAUGAAGUUAGGUCUGUGUAUAAUUGCAGAGUACCUUUUUAAAAAAAAAAAUCCAGUGUUUUACAUGCUAUCACAGUGAAAAGGGAAGUUUUCUUUUCUUUUUACAUAGUUACCAUUUUAAUUUUUACAGUCUGUUAGGGAGACAUGAUGUGGAAGAUUGUUAUUGUAAUAACUGCCCCCGUGUUGCAGAACCCGCUCCAUGCGAAAGGAACAUACACACAUUGAAGUUUCACGAGGCACAAUCUCAGAAGCGAAGAAGCCUUUUGUGGUAAAGGCAAGUGUGGGUGAAAAGUACGUCUAGAGUGGAAACGCUGUGUGUAUGAUACCACAAAUCCCUUUUGAACAGAGGAGGCAUGUACCUCAGGAACUAAUUAAAAACUAAUUCCGCACAGUUACUAUUCUGGUUACUUUGGUUCUUCCUGAUGUAUAUCAACGAAAAAUGAAGCUUGGUAUUUUGAUACUAUUAAUUGGCCUGGGAUUUAAAGAAAAAAAUGAGAGAGCCAUAGUUACGUAAAUGAUUUAAUUCUGGGAUCACAUAAAGUGUGUUUGUUUUACAUCAAUAAAUUGCCAUCAAAACCAGAAAGAAACAUUUGUGAAGUUUCACGGGUAUGUUAUACAUAACAUUCAGCCCAGAAAGUGUUUCCCCUGACAGAAACAUUUCCGUCAGAGGUGUUCACCUUUUUUCUUUCCUCAGUAAGCCCAAAAGCUUCCAAGAUGCAGUCACAGUCACGGGUGGGUGACCUGCAAGCAAAGAGGGGGGGGGGAGCGGCCCCUGCUGGCAGCACGGGGUGGUGGGGUGGUGGGCUUGCUUCCAUCAGUGGAAAGGCUCCAUGGGAUCGCGCCCAUUCUGUCGCUUUACAAGCAGACGCUCCUCCUCCUGAAAAUCACUGCAUCUGUAUACUGAGGUCAGCUUGUGUGGAGUUGGGUUUUGGGGACAUAAUAAUUAAGCAGAAAUAGUUCUCUUUGAGAAUAAAAGGCAUUACUCAAUUUGAAUGCAAUUAUUAUUUUUCUGCUGUGAAAAAGAGACCAUUUUGCAUUAAAACAACCUUAUAAAAAUCGUUAAAAAAAAUAAAGGGCUCCCAGUUUUUUGGUAUUUGCUAAAAUCUCGAUAUGGCAACAGCAGGCAAUGUGAGAACUGCGGGAUGUUCCUUUAGAUAAUGGGUAACUUGAACAUCGUCUUGAAGGACUGUUCUUUAUCUUUAAAAUGUGUGUAGUGGAAAUAAGUUUCUUUAAUUUUGUUAUUUCUUUAAUUUUGUUACUUGGAAAAGUUUGAUAUUCCCAGUCCUCAG